AUGUCGGCCCUUCUCAGCACACAACAGAAUCUAGAGGAUGCGUCAACACUGGUUUCGGAGUUCAUCUAUAGUCUCGACAACAUUCCCAAUGAAGUUGCCCAUCUCCUACAGGAAAUCAAGGAACUGGACACCAAAGUGCAAGAUUUGCAACAAGAAAUCGACAAGGAUUCUGCACGGUACAUUCGGCACUCACUCAAGGCAUCCAAUUCAGCGUCGUCAUCACUUGCCAAUUCCCCUUCCCCAGUUUCGAAUCUCCCACGACCACCCUCCCCAAAAUCUCAAGCCAUUCCGCCAAAAAUUGCCAAGGCCUACGAAGAGAUCCAUGCUCUAUCUGCCGAGAAAGUAGCAUUGGCUCAGCGCAUCAUCGAUCUUGUGACUCGGACUCGAGCACGAUUGGACGCCGAGCUGACAAAAGUGAGAAUACUCCAGGGCGAGCCUCCCGACCCUCUCGCUCGCAGCAAUUCGCUUGUGGCAGCCCCACUCGACGGUGAAGUCUACAUUGGAGCCUCUCGAAACCCCGUCGGCUAUGCUGAGACCCAACGGAAUCCUCUGGCUUCCUCCACGUCCUCUGUAGACAUUCGACAACAAGCAGUUGCCACUUCAGUAUCAGCAGCUUCUGCUUCUGCUCAGCCUCCGUUGAAGAAACGUCGAGUUACAACCCAAACGUCAACCCCAGUCAAGCUUGCCCCCGUCACUCCGGUUCAAACACCACGACGGUCGCAGUCGCCAUUAACUAGCGGUGUUCAUGCCAAUGCAGCCGCCGCCCAACCCAAACGAUCUCGGCUGUCCCGCCAAAUCCAUCCUCGUGAAGAUUUAGACUUGGACGCAGAAGGCGAGGAAGAAGGUGAAGGCGAGGGAGAUGGAGACGGCGAAGAUGAGAAUCUUUACUGCUUUUGUCAAAAACAAAGCUAUGGCGAUAUGAUUGCAUGUGACAACGACGACUGCCCAUAUGAAUGGUUCCAUCUCUCUUGUGUGCAACUCACACAGCCGACACCAGAGAAGUGGUAUUGCAAAGAAUGCAUUGACAAAGGUUUCGGGCCUGGCGGUCGAAAGGGCCGGAAACGGUGA